GCCUAUUAAAAUACAGCACAGAAAUGAAAAGGAGUUUAUCUGACACUUCAACUCGCACCACAGCAGGUUGUCUGCCUGUACCUCUGUUCAAUCAGAAAAAAAGAAAUAGACAGCCCCUCACUUCAAAUCCACUUAAAAACGAGACAGGCUGGGGAACUGCAAACCCAGAAGUAGCUGAACUACAGAAAGCAGUGAACGAUGGCCGAGGAGAACGUGAGAUGGCUCUUUCCCCUAUGAAACCACCAAAUGCAUCAAAUUCUAAUUUAGCAAAUGCUGGCAAAAACUUGUAUGUCUGCAGGGCAGAAGAGAAGACCCCUAGUACUAAAGUUUGGAACAGAAAUGAGUAUACUCCUCUAAGUAACAGAACAGAUUUAAUAUCUGAUAGUGGAACUAUUCGAAAGUUUGAGAACCCUUCAAACACUUUGAAAACUGUUCAGCAGCAAAAAAAACCUGAUAACUGUAAUUCACCUCAGCAUAUCAAAACAAGAGCAACUAACCAACCACAUGCACGUACAGGACAAUGGCCAGUGAAACCUAACACUGUACCAAGAAGUCUUCAGGAUCAUGGUCUGGCACAUAAAUUUAACUGCAACAGUCAGCAAAGUAACAUGAAUGAAAAACAAUUUGAUUGUGUUCCAGAAGACAAAAUUCAGGAGGUUUCAUCAACUGAAUUAAAACGUAAAGAAAAAAGGAAUUCUUUGCGAAUCAUAUCUGCAGUCAUUGAAAGUAUGAAGCACUGGAGUCAAUAUGCUUACAAAACUGCACUAUUAUUUGAAGUUUUAGGCACACUUGAUUCUGCAGUCACAUCUGGAGCAUAUGGAGCAAAGAAUUUUCUUUUGAGAGAUGGAAAGGAGAGUCUGCCUUGUGUUUUUUAUGAAAUUGACCGCGAGCUCCCAAGACUAAUUAGAGGUCGAGUGCACAGAUGUAUGGGAAACUAUGACACAAAAAGGAAUAUUUUCAAGUGCGUCUCUGUAAGACCAGCAACUAUUCCAGAGCAAAACACUUUCCAAGAAUUUGUUAAAAUUGCAGAUGUUGAGAUGACAGCAUAUGUAAAAACAAUGAAUGAAAUUUAA